AUGUCCCUAAACCCUUAUUACUUUCUGAAAAGAUCUCUUGGAUCUUCUGUUGCUUUCUGUAGUCUUUGGAUUAAACUUUUUGGUUAUUCCCUUGGACUGGGUGCUCAAAGCUUACUAAUAGCAAGUUAUCUAUUACAACCUUUCUAUGUUGACUGCCCAGCCCCAGAACUACCAAAGAAAUGUCUGGCUUUGGCUAUUUUGUGGUCAAUUGGAUUUCUCAAUACUCGAGGACUAACUAAUGUGUUUUGGUUUAAUAGCAUCAGCAGUUUAUUGAAGAUGGGUGUUCUUUGUCUCAUUAUUCUAAUUGGGAUAGUACUGUUAGUGACUGGGAAAAGAGAGAAUGUAUCCAAGUUUGAGAACGCUUUGGAUGCUGAACUUCCUGUUACCUCACAGAUUGUAGAAGCCAUUCUUCAAGCAUUUUAUGCAUACAUGGGAGCAUCACUCCUGGUCACCAUAGCAGGAGAAGUAGAAAAUCCCUCUGAAACAAUUCCCAAAUCAUUGAUUUUUGGUCUGCCUAUUAUAGCUGCGAUUUACAUAUUGACUAAUGUAUCCUACCUGGCAGUUUUGACACCUCAGGAAAUCAUUGCUUCAGAUUCUGUUGCGGUCACAUGGAUGAACAGAGUGUCGCCUUCCAUGCAAUGGGUCGUUUCUUUGGCCAUCUCAAUUUCUAUACUGAACACCACUGUCUGUGGAGUACUUUCAGCCUCAAGAGUUGUCUAUUCUGCAAGCCAAGAAGGACAGCUUCCUUUAAUUUGCUCUAUGCUUAAUGACCACCACUGCCCAGUUGUAGCUAUCACUCAAAUUAUCAUAUUAUCAUCUUUGGCAAUAAUACCUUUAAAUUUAAUCUAUGUGAUAAAAUAUUUAGGACUAACAUACUUUAUUGGAAAUGGACUAAAUAUGAUAGCUUUACUUAAAAUGAGGUACAAGGACCCAGACCUUCCUAGGCCUUAUAAGGUAUGGCUGCCACUUGUAUUUGGAUCAAUAGGUUUAAGUUUGUUUCUACUCCUAAUACCAAUUAUUAAGUCUCCAACAUUAGAUCGUUUCUAUGAGAUUACCAUUUUUUGCAGUGGACUUCCAUGCUACUGGAUUCAUCUUCUUCUAAAGAAAUAUGCUGGUGCUUUUGAUAAAAUCACAUGUUAUUUGCAAUUACUAUUAAAUGUUUCCCCAGCUGAAGAUCAUGAUAAAUGCUUUUCUACAGAGGAAAACUGACCACAGAGAUUUCUGAAAAGAGUAAAUUUUGACAAGUAAACUUUCUAUGAAUUGAUGCAAUUGUUUAUAUAAUCAUUUAUUAAUAGAUGUAUAAAAUUUUAAACACAAAAUUUCACAUCUCCUGUAUGUCAUCUAUGAGGCAAAGUUAAUAUUUCCUCAAAGAUUCAUCUACUUUAUAUACAACAAAGACAGAAGGGAGCACAAAGUCUCCAAACACAAAAUUAAAUGACACUGAAAUGCUAAAUUCUUUUAUUUUAUAAUAUACAAUGUAUCCUUUAUCUAUAUCAAAAUGCAACCUAUCAUUUGAUAUAGAUACAUUGUAAUGUAUCUAUAUUAAAAUUUAUUUAUAUCAAUUAUUCUCUACUAUUCAAUAUAUUUAGAUAUUUAAGGAUAAUAAAAUGAUAAUAACAUAUGUAAUCACAGCUAUGGCAUUUCACUCACUAAUUUCAAUGGUAAAAAUAAUUAAAUAGGCAAAUAAGUGAUACAAAAUAUAAAAAUGUUUAUUAUUUAAGAACUCUUGUAUAUUAUUGAGAACUUAAUUCAAUAUUGUUUCCACUACUGCUUUCCAGGUCAAAAUUAUUUUAAGUAUAGAUACAUCUACACAAUAUUCAAACUGUUUAAAAAUCAUGUGUUCUUUAUUCAUUCUUCAUCUCUAUGAAGACUGAAAAUUAUUCUGUCAAUGACUCAAUAAAUAAAUAAGUAGCUAAAUCAUUUAAUAAAUACCUUCAUAUCUUUUUUAUAAGUCCUGCAUUUUGUUUAUUAUUUUUUUCUUUUUUUAAAAUUCCUUUUACAUAACAACUACAGUUCCCUUCCUGCACAUUCUCUUGCUCCCUGUUGGGACCUAAUGGAGUCCUGGCCUUCCUACUCACCUCCCCUGUUGGUGACCUUUCUUGUCCUUACUGUUCUGGGUUUCUAAGAAAGUUGCAAGUUCCAUGAUUUCAGAUUUGUUUACCAACCCUGAUUCCUGAAUAUACAUUGUCUUGGCCCUAACCUAUGGAUCUGGUGAUGCACUCUCCAUCCUGUUGACCCACCUGUCUGGGUUCUGUAUAAAAUCCUGUUGGUGCUGUACAAUAAAGGCUUCUUGU